CGUCCAAAGCACGCCACCGCGCGCACGAGCUUCCGCCAUUGAAGCUUCGUCGAGCGCUUAAAACCUCCCUCCCUCCCCCCUCCUUCUCUAUCCUCCCAAAUCCCCGAAUCCUUGCGGGAUAUGACUGCAAAUUAAGCAAGGGAUUCUCGAUUCUCCUCAAAAUAUUCGGGUUUCUUCCCCCUCUAUUUGGUUAGGAAUAGUUUGGGAUUUCAAGUUGGAGAUUGGAUCGAAGCGAUUUCUUGAAUGGUUUGAUCGGUGUGGGUGCUGUAUCUCUCGGAAACUCGGAUUCUUAGGGCUUCCAUCCAAGAUCGGUUCGACUUUGGGAUCAAACUUCAAUGGUUGCAUCUUUUUAAGGGAACUCCUCUCUUCCUCCGGUGCUUCCUCGUCGUCGGCGCCGCAGCCUACGCCAUCGCCAUCUUCGUUUGGUCGUUGAUGGCUUCCAUGGAGACGGCAUCGACGUACUGGUGCCACCACUGCUGUCGCUUCGUCCUCAUUUGGCCCUGGGACGCAGUCAUCUGCCCAGACUGUGGCGGUGGCUUCCUUGACGCGCCUGGCCGCUUUCCUCUUGCCUCCGAGACCGCUACCGAGCCUCGUCGCCGCCGCGUCCCUUCCGCCGUCGACAACAGCUCCGCGGCCGUCGGCCGUCGGCGCCAGUCCUCGGAAAUUAGGUUCCGCCGUAACAAUCGUGCGUCCACUGGCGACCGCUCUCCCUUCAACCCCGUCAUUGUUCUUCGCAGUCCUCCCGUAGGCGGACGACGCGAUGCGGAUUGGACCACCAACAGCAGCUUCGAGCUCUACUACGAUGACGGCACCCGAUCCGGUCUCCGCCCCUUGCCGGAAAGCAUGUCGGAGUUCUUGAUGGGCUCGGGAUUGGAGAGAAUACUCGACCAGCUCUCCCAGACUGAGGUUGACGGAAUCGGCGGUGCGCCUGGUUUCGAGUACUCGCCGGCUUCGAAGGUCGCCAUCGAGUCUAUGCCCACUAUCGAGAUCGCCGAUGGCCAUAUCUCGAUGGAGUCCCAUUGUGCCGUCUGCAAGGACCCCUUCGUGCUCGGAACUGAGGUCCGUGAGAUGCCCUGCAAACACAUCUACCACCAGGAUUGCAUCCUGCCUUGGCUCUCGCUAAGAAAUUCCUGCCCUCUUUGUCGCCAUGAGAUGCCGACGGAUGUGCAAGAAAUGGAGGACGACGAGCGGACUCAUGUGGCUGAGAACGAGGAGGAGACGGUGGGGCUCACCAUAUGGAGGCUUCCAGGUGGUGGGUUCGCUGUUGGGAGGUUCACUGGUGGCAGGAGAGGCACGGAAAGAGAGCUUCCUAUGGUUUACACAGAGAUGGAUGAAGGAAUUAGGACCGCUGGCACACCGAGAAGGAUAUCGUGGUCCUCAAGAGGAAAUAGAUCCAGAGAGAGUGGAAGAAUUGUUCGGGCAUUCCGCAAUUUCUUCUCCUUCUUCAGGCGUCUUCGAUCUCCUCCUACAUCUUCACUGAGUCUGACCUCCGAGUCUCGCUCUUUCUCAACCACUUCUCUUAGACACAGGAGAUAUCCAUUCUUCAGUAGGAGCUAUCGGGGACAGAGCACAAGUAGGGUAUUGGAGGAUGGUGAUGAUGAUAACUGAGUAGAAAAGUUCAACUUUUUGCUCUUCAAUCCAAUUCCUCUGCAAAACUGUAGUUACUUGAUUCUGCAAAAAGGAUGCAAAUGGUUGCUGGCUGGUAAUUUUCUGGAUAUAAUUCCACAGUGACUAGUGAAGAUUAAAAAAAAAUGUAUCAUCUUUUGAUUUCUAUAUCCUUUCAGAUUUCCUAAUCGGUUCUGCUCUUUUGUCCACAUGUAAACAAAAGCUUGAUGCCAAGAUAUUCCUCCCUAUAAUCAUCACUUUGGAUGAUUGGCUCAGGAACUGAGAAGUUGUAGCUUUGCUCACAGUGCAUUGUGAAUAUAAUCAGUGUUGAAAAGGCUCUAGUAAGUAGGAAAAUCCUUGUUAACAAUGAAGCAAGACUGAUUAAACAGUGAUAACAUGCUAAUGGCAUUGGGAAGGACAGCUGCAAUAGUAAAAAAUCACAAGCAGACACAACAAAUCUCUCUCUCUCUCUCUCUCUCUCUCUCUCUCUUCACAUGGUCAAGAUGUAAUCUUAGAUGAAUGUGACAUAUGGAUUUAGUCCUUUCUGUGGCAUGGUACAUUGUAUGAUCCUUUUUUUUUUAUUUGUUGUACAGGUGAACUUAUAUUUGAACAAGUUUGUCAGAGAUUCCAUGGAAUGCCCAUAAAUACAAGGCAAGGCAAGAUAUGAUUCUCUGUUCCACCUUUCACCAGAAGUGCCUAUGUUCAGUGGACCAUGUCUCAGGGGUUUCUUCAUUCUUUAGUUGACUUGAUACUAAAUAUCUUAUGGUGAUGAUGUAAUGACCCAAGCCGAACUCACAACAUUUCUUCUGAUCAGCAAAAAUGGUUGACCCAAGCCGAAGAUUAGCGAUUACAGAUUGUGGAAUUGUAAGGAUCUGAUGGUUUGGCUCUCAUCAAACCCAUUCAAAGUCCAAACAGCACUUAAGUCCAUUUGACCACCGUGAAGUGUGGACAUCCAACAGGCAUUUAAGGAGUAGCAUCAUCUUUUCCCCAUUUACUACGUUACAUACUUGCUGAAGCUGUCAUAACCAUGUUGUCCCCACUUCCCAUAGUGCAUCAUUCAAAGGACACUGAGUCACUGACUGAGACAUGGGGACACGUUUUAGGUGCCAUCAAGGUGGGUGGCAGGUCAGCUCCAAAAGAGUUAGGUUGUUGGAGACUGAAAUCUCAAAAAAUGCGAUCCAGCAUGACUACUCGGAUUGCAUUGAACUUGUUCGUAUCAAAUGCGUUCCUCUGACCAAGUCUCUGAUUGCUGCUGUGCACUGGGUUGGAGAUCAAUGCAGCUGGCUGCAUCAGGAUAUUGUUUUCAACCUCUCCAUGCAACCUGCUUUGUCUUCUCAAAUGAUUUGUUGAAGGAAUCUUGCGUGGUGAUCAAAGUUUGCCCUGCUUGCCAUGGGCAUGGGAAACUAGGAGCAGGACAAAUAGACAAGAAAGGGAGGACAUGGUAUCUUGCUAGACAAAGCUGAUCAUUUGUCUCUACUGCAGCAAGCACCACAAUACCAGGAAGACAAAGAUGCCUAUUAGCAGAUAUAAUUUAUGUUGUCUUCAUCCCUUGUCUUCGCGAUGUCUACAAUGGAAGGUUAGUGAUACAAUCUAGUAAAUCUAACUUAGAUAAUGGAUUUAGCAAAUCUGAUUCUUUCAUCACAUAAACCCGCACAUGAAGUCCAAGCCAUAUGGCAUCAUUAUUGAUAACUCAAAUAUUAUAUUUUUGUCUGUCUUUCGGGUCCAUAUUGGCCACCAAUCUUGUGAAUGGAGGCUUUUAGUGAGUGGGCUGGACUUAGUGGGGCUAUUAGGCUCAUGUAAGAAUUUUUCCCAGCAAACAUCUUACACAUCUUACAUGUGUAUGUGUAUGUGUAUGUGUAUGUGUAUGUGUAUGUGUAUGUGUAUGUGUAUGUGUAUGUGUAUGUGUAUGUGUAUGUGUAUGUGUAUGUGUAUGUGUAUAUGUAUAUGUAUAGUUGUCGCAGAUAAGUGGACAGCUGAUAAGUUUGCCUAACCCAGGAAAGCAGUACUGAUUUCAAACAGCACCUGAAACAGUUCUGCAGUAGAAUAGAGUGACUCAUGGAGUUGCUGCUUGCAAAAAACUUGUUCUAAGACAAUAAUGCAAACAGCUUAGGUGAGUCAAGCAUGGCACCAUAGUACCAAAUCAUUAAGUGGGUUUAGCAUGAAUUUUAUAUUAAGCUCCAGGAUAGUACAACACACAUAUAUUAAGCUAUCAAGUCCAGCUGCACAUUCACAGAGAUUCAGAAGGAGAGAUUCCUAUGAUGUCUGUUCUUGCAAGAUUUCCUCCAUGUUAGACCCAUGACUUUGUCUUGCAAGGACUGCUGGAUUUUCUAUUCAACAUGAUGGCUUAAAUCAAUGUAUCAGAUUCUGAUAUGCUGACAGGUGAUUGAAGAACCUGAGCACCAACUGCUAUCAAGAAUAUGUGAGCUAUACAGAAUGCCUCCCCUCUUUUGGUUCUUAUAGCACUGUGCAUCAUAAUACUCUGUUUUCUUUCCCUGGUAUUCCUGAACAGAAUUUAGACCACCUGUUUGGUGCAACAGUACUCAUCAAGCAUGGUUGACAGAAGAGGCAAUUAAUGAUGUUUGAGGGGAUAAAAGAAAUUUUACCCAAGGAGUGUCAUGAGGCCCAGUAGCUGCUAUACUUGACCCGUCAUUUUCCACAUGAUUUGUCAUCACACACAAAAGGCUUCUGAAGAUCCUCAUCAUCUUGGAAAUUUGACUUUUAUCCAUGUAAAGAUGAUCGAGACACAGCAGAAGACAUCAGUAGAACAGUUGAUGAGCUCAGAUACUAUUAACUUGCUAAAUCGGCACUACUUCACCAGCAGAAGCCAAAAAAGCUUGGUUGCUUUAAGCAUGUGUGCUGAUGCCUGCAGACAGUGCUUGUCCUGUCACCGGCAAGUUUUAAUGGUUGCGUGGUUCUAUCUGCAUUGCAAUCACAUGGCCUCUGAAAUCACUUGCCUGUUGCUUUCUUGUGUAGGUAGGUCAUGUAUGACCUCCACAAUCUAUCCCAACUGCAUUCCAAUGCAAAGCAGCGGAUGCAAGAGAGUUUACUGCUCGCUAUUCAAUCUUUUGAGCUCACUGCCUUCGAAGCAUUGUUUCAUCCUUCAAUGCAAUCAACGAAGGCAAGCGAUUAGUGCUCGGUUUUAUCGUGUGGAGCAGUGCAACAGUUGUCACUUUGGCAUGUAUGUGGGUUGGCGUUUUGCUGCGGUCGUCAUCUUUGAUUUAUGGACCAAACUCCAUAGUCCAAAGUGACAGCUGAAUACAAUGUACAAUCUUCCUCGAUAAAGGGGUGUCUUCUUCUUCGUAUGCAACUGAUAAAGCGGGAUUGAUGUAUGGAUAAUUUGAGGGAUAUUAUAUCACGUUUCACUAAACACUUUUAGUUUUG